AUGCUCCAGUUUCCUACAGUGGCUAGAGAAUGCGAUAGGACAGCUAUUAUUGACCGCUCAAAGCUGAGAGCCAAAUUAACGUAUGAAGCAAAGAUAACUCUAGCAGAAAUUCACCUAGAAAAUAUUCUAACAGCAAUGCUGCUGGAUGACAGAAAAGAGAUAAAAGAAGUUGCAGCCGGACAAAUUAAAUUUGCAAGAAAAGCCACAGCACCUGGUAAAAAUAAAAUCAGAAAAUUUCAAUGUCCUUCUCUUAACUUUGAGCCUGCCAUAUACUAUUGUCUUUUAAAUUGGCAAGACGAUCCAAGAACCUCGCCACCUAUGCUACGAGAAAUAAGCGAUGACAAAAUUAAAGCAGCAAUCAAAGUACCUCGGAAGUGGGCACUAGAAAAAUAUCCUUGCCAUUAUCAAAGCGUGGAACAACAUGUAUAG